AUGGCGCAGAGGGUAGAAGAGGGUAGAAAUCGCUUGAUUACUCGUUUGAGUACAGUUCUAAAUAACAUAAGACAUCAGAUUGAGUCACAAGAAAUUGACAACGAACGACUUGACUAUAUAUCACUUCAAUUAGAACAAAUUUGUCAUCAAAUGCAGCGUUUGGUAGCAUGUGGUCUCUUGUCUCAUGAAAUCGUAUUUGUGAUAGAACGUGCCAAAGAACAACUCGAUUUGUCCAAGAGAGAGAAUGAUCACAAUUCUUAUCAAGCGCCUUGUGAAAACAACAGAAGAAAAGGGCGUCCAAGAUUUGUUAUUUCGAUGGAGCAACUACAGUACUUCAUUGACAACGGCUUUACAGCCACCAACAUGUCUACAAUGUUAGGAGUCUCUAAGAGUACAUUGCAGCGACGAUUAAGAGAAUUUAAUCUGAGUGCAGCACCGAGAUACACCGACUUGUCGAACAACGAUCUAGACAAUUUGGUUUCCGAGGUGCAAACAGAAUUCCCUAAUGCAGGAUAUCGACGUAUAGUCGAUAUCGGUCAAUUAAGGCAGAGAGGAAUACUUGUCCAACAACACAGGUUACGAGAAUCUGUUCAAAGAACUGAUCCAGAUGGGGCAGCAUUGAGAUGGUUUGACGCUAUAAAAAGGAGAACGUAUACUGUUGCUGGUCCAUUAUGUUUAUGGCACAUCGACGGAAAUCAUAAACUCAUAAGGUAUAUAAUAUUAUAUAUUAGCACAUUUGAUAAACAUUACUCUUUUUUCCUACGAAAAGUAUCCAAUUCGUAAAUUUCAAAAAUCCUCUAAUUCACAUAUUAUAUUCUACUAUGUUAAAGGUGGCGCAUGGUUAUCCAUGGGGGAAUAGAUGGUUUUACUCGUAUUCCGGUUUUUUAAAAUGCAACGACAACAAUAGAGCAGAUACGGUUUGCUCAUUGUUCCAGGAUGCUGUACAUACGUAUGGCUUACCGUCCAGAGUUAGAUGUGAUGCAGGUGGUGAAAAUUAUGAUGUAGCUAUGUGGAUGCUGGAACAUCCUUUGCGUGGUCCUAACAGAGGAAGUGUAAUUGUUGGUAAGAGUGUGCAUAACCAAAGGAUUGAAAGGCUUUGGAGGGACGUCUUUCAAGGGGUUACUUACCUCUACUAUGAUCUGUUUUACCAUCUUGAAAAUCAAGGGUAUCUAAAUCCAGAUCUUGAUGUAGAUAUCUUUUCUCUCCAUUUUGUGUUUAUUCCAAGAAUAAACAGGCAUCUCCAAUCUUGGAAAAGUGGAUGGGUAAACCACUGGUUAAGAACGGAGGGUAACAGAACCCCAAAUCAACUAUUCAUCAUGGGCCUUAUGCAGAUAGCAAAUAGUGAUUACACAGUUGCAAGAGAAGUGCGAGAGCCUUUAACUGAGGUAAAUACUUAA